AUGGGUGACCUGCAGUAUCUGCAGGUACAACGGGCUGCCGUUGCCGAUCCUGCCACACUUGCCGCGUGGGCUCAACGAAAACUGUGUUGGGUGCCCGAUCAGAACGAGGGAUUCCUUUUUGGAUCCAUCAAGAAAGAAUCCAACGAUGAGUUCCUCGUGGAGCUUUGCGAUUCCGGACGACAAGUCACAAUCAGUAGAGAUGACGUCCAGAAAGCGAAUCCUCCAAAAUUCGACAAAAUCGAAGAUAUGUCCGAACUCACUUAUCUAAACGAAGCAUCAGUUUUGAAUAACCUGAAAGAACGAUAUUAUAGCAGUUUAAUUUAUGUAAGAUUGUCAGCAUCUGAGCUACAUUUAAAGGAAAAAAGAGACAUGAAAUGCCACCACACAUUUUCGCCAUCGCUGAUACAGCAUACAGAAGUAUGCUUCAAGAAAAAACAAAUUCCAGAGCGAGAAGAUCAAUCGAUCCUGUGUACCGGAGAGUCUGGUGCCGGUAAAACUGAGAACACCAAAAAAGUGAUUCAGUACCUUGCACACGUCGCCGGAGCCACGAGAAACAAGGGCAUGAGUGCAGCGGUUGCUCAAAAUAUUGUUCAGAAGCCGGAUACCCGAAACCCAAUCGGAGAGCUGGAAAAUCAACUUCUUCAAGCGAAUCCGAUUCUCGAAGCUUUCGGUAACUCGAAAACUGUGAAAAAUGACAAUUCUUCGAGAUUCGGAAAAUUCAUUCGCAUCAAUUUCGAUAUGAGCGGAUACAUCAGUGGAGCCAAUAUCGAAUUCUAUUUGCUCGAAAAAUCCAGAGUUCUCCGUCAAUCGCCAGACGAACGCAGUUUCCACAUCUUCUACCAGAUUCUCAGAGGAUGCAGCGCCAAAGAGAAAAGUGAAUAUCUUCUGGAGACAGUGGACAACUACAGAUUCUUGGUGAACCAUGGAAUCACUUUACCAAAUGUGGACGACGUUCAGGAAUUCCAUAGCACGCUGAACUCCAUGAAAAUCAUGGGAUUCGCUGAUGAGGAGAUUUCUUCAAUUCUUCGAGUUGUCUCUGCAAUCCUUCUUCUUGGAAACUUGGAAUUCACUCAAGAGAAGAAGAGUGACCAAGCCAUGCUUCAAGAUGAUAGAGUUAUCCAGAAAGUGUGUCAUCUUCUUGGCCUUCCUGUCAUUGAACUCCAAAAAGCAUUCCUUCGGCCACGCAUCAAGGUUGGAAGAGAAUUUGUCAAUAAGGCUCAAAACCAGGAACAAGCUGAGUUCGCUGUUGAAGCUAUUGCCAAAGCUUGCUAUGAAAGACUCUUCAAAUGGCUCGUGAACAGAAUCAACAAGUCUCUGGACAGAACUCACCGUCAAGGAGCUUCAUUCAUCGGAAUUCUUGAUAUUGCCGGUUUUGAAAUCUUCCAGACCAACUCAUUUGAACAGUUCUGCAUCAAUUACACCAAUGAAAAACUUCAACAGCUUUUCAACAACACAAUGUUCAUCCUGGAGCAAGAGGAGUAUCAGAGAGAGGGAAUCGAGUGGGAUUUUAUCGAUUUUGGGCUUGAUCUUCAACCAACUAUUGACCUUAUUGAGAAGCCAAUGGGAGUACUUGCCCUUCUUGAUGAGGAGUGCCUCUUCCCAAAGGCCAAUGACAAAACUUUUGUUGAGAAGCUCCAGAAGACUCACAUUAAACAUCCAAAAUUCAUCCCUGCCGAGCUUCGCAACCGCACUGGAGACUUUGCUGUGGUCCAUUAUGCUGGACGCGUUGACUAUUCUGCUGACCAGUGGCUCAUGAAAAACAUGGAUCCACUUAAUGAAAAUGUUGUUGGUCUCAUGCAAAACUCUACUGAUUCAUUUGUGGCCGGCAUCUGGAAGGACGCCGAAUUCGCUGGAAUCUGUGCCGCUGAGAUGAACGAGACCGCGUUUGGAAUGAGAUCUCGUAAAGGAAUGUUCCGUACUGUAUCCCAAUUGCACAAAGAGCAGCUUACCAAACUGAUGACCACUCUUCGCAACACUUCACCACAUUUCGUUCGUUGUAUUAUUCCAAAUCAUGAGAAAAAAUCUGGAAAGAUCAACUCCAACUUGGUACUCGAUCAAUUGAGAUGUAACGGAGUGUUGGAAGGAAUCAGAAUUUGUCGACAAGGAUUCCCGAACAGAGUGCCAUUCCAAGAAUUCCGUCAUCGUUACGAAAUCCUCACCCCUGAUGUGAUUCCAAAGAAUUUCAUCGAUGGAAAGGAAUCGGUUCGCAAGAUGAUCACUGCACUUGACAUCGACUCCAACCUCUACAGAAUUGGACAAUCCAAAGUGUUCUUCAGAACUGGAGUUCUUGCUCAUCUCGAAGAGGAGAGAGAUUUGAAGCUGACAGCUCUUAUUCAAAACUUCCAAGCUCAAUGCAGAGGAUUCCUCUCCAGAAGACUCUACACGAGACGUCAACAGCAAUCCAGCGCUAUCAGAAUCAUUCAACGCAACGGUCUGGCUUAUCUCAAGCUUCGCAACUGGCAGUGGUGGCGUUUGUUCACCAAAGUCAAGCCACUCCUUCAAGUUACUCGUACCGACGAUGAGAUUCGUGCCAAGGAUGAUGAGUUGAGAGCCACCAAGGAGCGUCUGCUGAAGAUGGAACAUGAUUUCCGCGAGAAUGAGAAGAAAUUGGAUCAGGUGAGUGUGAUCGUCGAGCGUGCUGUGAUUCAAGAGCAACUCCAACAGGAAUCUGAUAACAGUGCCGAGUUGGAAGAUAUUCGUAGUCGCCUCCAGACUCGCAACCAAGAGCUUGAAUAUAUUGUCAACGAUAUGCGAGAUCGUCUGUCCGAGGAGGAACAACAGAAUGAGAAGAAUAAUGAAGAGAGAAGAAAGCAGAUGGAAACUGUCCGUGAUUUGGAAGAGCAGCUCGAGCAGGAAGAACAAGCAAGACAAAAGCUUCUUCUCGAUAAGACAAAUGUUGACCAGAGGCUCCGUAACCUUGAGGAACGACUCGUCGAGCUCCAAGACGCCUACGACAAACUCCUCAAAGAGAAGAAGCUUCUGGAAGAGAAGGUCGAAGCCUUGACCACCCAACUUUUGGACCAUGAGGAAAGAGCUAAGCAUGGCAUCAAAGCCAAGGGACGUCUCGAGAACCAAUUGCAUGAAUUGGAGCAAGAUCUUAAUCGUGAGCGUCAAUUCAAGUCGGAAAUUGAGCAGCAGAAAAGAAAACUGUUGGCUGAGUUGGAGGAUAGCAAGGAUCAUCUUGUCGAGAAGAUGGGCAAGGUCGAAGAGUUGAAUAAUCAGCUGAUAAAACGCGAUGAGGAGCUUCAAUUGCAAUUGACCAAAUACGAUGAAGAAUCGGCAGCUGUUGCGGUGAUGCAGAAGCAGAUGAGAGAUAUGCAGACGACUAUCGACGAGCUUCGAGAGGAUAUUGAGACCGAGAGAAAUGCUCGCAAUAAGGCCGAGAUGACAAGACGAGAAGUUGUUGCGCAACUCGAGAAGGUCAAAGGAGAUGUUCUCGAUAAGGUUGACGAAGCUACUAUGCUUCAAGACUUGAUGGCCCGAAAGGAUGAAGAAGUCAAUGCUACAAAGCGAACCAUCGAACAAAUCCAACAUGCAAUGGAAGCCAAGAUCGAGGAUCAGAAGCAAAAGUUCAGUCAUCAAAUUGAAGGCCUUCACGAACAAAUCGAGCAGCAUAAGAAGCAACGCAACCAACUAGAGAAACAACAGAACUUGGCUGACCAGGAACGUGCGGAUAUGGCUCAAGAGAUUGCGCUGCUCCAGGCUAGUCGAGCGGAAAUUGAUAAGAAGAGAAAAAUCCAUGAGGCUCAUUUGAUGGAGAUCCAAGCCAACUUGUCAGAAAGCGAUGAGCACAAGAGAACGCUUAUUGAUCAGUUGGAGAGAAGCCGCGACGAGCUGGAUCACUUGAAUCGUGUCCGUGAAGAGGAGGAACACGCUUUUGCCAACAUGCAACGCCGCCUGGCAGCCGCUGAAGGCACGAUCCAAGAGCUAAAUGAGCAAAUCCAAGAAGAAACUCGACUAAAGAUUGCCAACAUCAAUAGAGCUCGUCAACUAGAAGAUGAGAAGAACGCCCUUCUUGACGAGAAAGAAGAAGCCGAAGGACUUCGUGCUCACCUUGAAAAGGAGAUUCAUGCCGCUCGUCAAGGUGCUGGAGACGCCCGCAGAAAGGCCGAGGAAGCUGUCAACCAACAACUCGAGGAGCUUCGCAAGAAGAACUUGAGAGACGUGGAACACCUGCAACAGCAACUCGAGGAGAGUGAAGCUGUCAAGGAGCGUAUCCUUCAGAGUAAGAAGAAAAUCCAACAAGAGUUUGAGGAUGUCGCUAUGGAGCUUGACAACGUUCGCGCUUCCCAUAGAGAUUCCGAGAAGAGACAGAAGAAGUUUGAAACUCAAAUGGCUGAGGAGAGAGCUGCAGUGCAGAAGGCGCUUCUAGAUCGGGAUUCAAUGAGUCAGGAGUUGAGAGAUAGAGAAACCAGAGUGCUUUCUCUUAUGAACGAGGUUGAUUUGAUGAAGGAGCAGCUCGAGGAAUCAGAUAGAAUCAGAAGGUCCCUUCAGCAAGAGCUUCAAGACUCGGAGCAAAAAAACCAAAAUUUGCAGAUUUCCAACAAGGAUGAUUUCGGAAAGAAUGUUCACGAAUUGGAGAAGGCAAAACGAUCACUUGAAGCCGAGUUGGCUGACAUGCGAGCACAGAUGGAGGAACUGGAGGAUAAUCUUCAAAUGGCUGAGGAUGCUCGCCUCCGUCUCGAAGUCACCAACCAAGCUUUGAAGUCAGAAAGUGACCGUGCCAUCAGCAAUAAGGACGUUGAAGCUGAGGAGAAGCGACGUGGUCUUCUGAAACAAAUUCGAGAUUUGGAGAAUGAACUUGAGAAUGAGAAACGUGGAAAGUCGGGAGCUGUGAGUCACAGAAAGAAGAUCGAGAACCAAAUCGGGGAACUCGAGCAACAAUUGGAAGUGGCAAACAGGCUGAAGGAAGAAUACAACAAACAGCUCAAGAAGAAUCAACAAAUCAUCAAGGAGUACCAAAUCGAAUGCGAAGAGGCUCGUCAAGCCAAGGAAGACAUUGCCGCUCAGCUGAGAGAAGCCGACAGAAAGUUCAGAGCAGUCGAGGCUGAGAGAGAACAACUCAGAGAAGCCAACGAGGGACUCAUGCAAGCCAGAAAACUUUUGGAGCUUGAAAACGAUGAACUCGAAGAACUCAGAGCGAAGGGAGGUGGUAUCAGCUCCGAAGAGAAGCGACGUCUUGAAGCCAAGAUUUCCCAACUCGAAGAGGAACUUGAAGAGGAGCAGAGCAACUGUGAACUGGCUAUCGAUAAGCAAAGAAAGGCCCAAGUCCAGCUAGAACAAGUCACCACCGAUCUAUCCAUGGAACGAACGCUCAACCAGAAAACAGAUGCCGAGAAGCAAAGUCUGGAACGAACAUGCAGAGACUACAAGGCCAAGAUCACCGAGUUGGAGAGUGGUGCUCAAUCCAGAGCGCGCGCUCAAAUGGCUGCUCUUGAAGCCAAAAUUCAAUAUCUGGAGGAUCAGCUGAAUGCUGAAGGACAAGAGAAGACUGCUGCCAAUAGAGCUGCUAGACGACUCGAGAAGCGGUUGAAUGAUAUUACACAGCAAUUCGAAGAUGAGAAGAGAGCCAAUGAACAAGCUAAGGAAUUGCUCGAGAAGUCCAACCUCAAGAACCGAAACCUUCGCCGGCAACUCGACGAGACCGAAGAUGAGAUUUCUCGCGAACGAACGAAGCAUCGCAAUGUUCAACGAGAGGCUGAUGACCUUCUAGAUGCCAAUGAACAACUCACACGGGAAUUGAUGAAUCUGAGAGGAAACAACCGUCGACGAGCUGAUAUGCGCCUUCGACGAGGAUUCGAUGUGCCCGGCUCAAACGACAACCUGGCUCGUGAAGACGAGAACGAAUCAAAUGUGUCCGGAUCUGAACACGGAAUGUCGGUGAACUAA